AUGUCGUCCACCAUACGAAAGAUCCUCAUCUUUGUGGCGGAGCCGAUGGGCGAAAAGCCCGUGAUUGAUCUAGCCGGCAUUGGCGAGGUACUCGGCAAGGGACUGGUCAACCACGGCUUCGACCGCGCCUACAUCGUGCCCGGCCAGUUCCUGCUCCUGAAGGACAAUGAGCUGUUUGUCGACUGGCUGGUGGACCUGAUCCACUGCAACGUCAAGCAGGCGUCCGACUGCUGGCAGUGCCUGAACGACUGGUGCGCGGAGCACUUGAAGGUACCCGUCGGAACCGGUGUCAACUGGUGGAAGAUGUUGGGCAAUGGGGAACGCGGCCUGGAUCUUGUCACCAGUCUGCGCUGCUAG